AUGGACGAGUACGACGAGGCGGUGCUGUUCACGUACGGCCUGCUGGAAUCGCGGCUGGAGCGCUUGGGCUACCUGCUGAGCGGGCCCAAGAAGCCGGCCGAGGAGAAGCAGCAGACGAUCCCGGACCGCAUCCACCGCAUCGAGCAGUCGCUGCAGCAGCUGGCGGGGCACACGGCGUUGCUGGACCAUGUGAACGAGCUGUUGACCAAGCACAAAGACGUCCUCACACCUCCACGCCCCACCGCAGAAGACACCGUCCCUCUCUCGACUUCCCAAAAGUCUCUCCUUGUGGUUGAGCGCGCGACCUCCUUCGCGACUAUCGCCUCUCAGCUCAAAGCCCUCGAUGACCAGCAAAUACCCACCACAGACGGCUUUGUCAAGCUUGCCAAGCUGCGUCCGCGCAUCGCCGAAGCAGAGCAGCGGCAUCUGCAGCAGGCGCUGAAGAUUGCUGAGCUACGGAGACGAAGCGGGCUGCUGGUGCAGAGAGAUAAGCAGGUGCAUUGGGUGGCAGCAGGUAAAUCCUGGGCAGGACAUCAGGAGAGGCUCGUCAAGAGCUACAAGGCGCUGCAGAGGGAGGAGUUUCGCAGGAGGUCUGAGAAGGAGGGGAGUGAGGGCAGCGAAGGGAGUGAGGGGAGAGAGGGCAGUGAAGGGAGUGAGGGCAAAGAGGAAGGGAGUGAGGGGAGUGAGGGGAGUGAGGGGAGUGGUGAGAAAGUGAGCGAGCUGUGA